CGACGACACACGAUGAAGUUCAACGACGGUUUCUGGCUCCUCAAAGCCGGUGUCAAGGCGUACCACGGCCUCCAGGUUACCUCGACCAAGCCAGACGCCGAUGGUUACAAUCUUCAAGUUUCAACGAAGCCUAUAAGACAUCGGGGCGAUACUUUGGGAGGUCCCGUCCUCAGCAUCCGUGUCCACUCCCCUACUGAGGGUGUAAUCGGCGUCAAGAUUGUCCACUUCAAGCACGUUGACCAGAAGCCCGAGAUCCAUCUAUUCCCAGACGAUCAGGCCAUCGUAGGCAAGACUGUCCUGAGCCAGGGGCAAGGAUCCUGGACCGUCUCCACUUCCGGCUUGACCGCGGAAAUCACCGAAAACCCGUACACCAUCACCUUCAAGUCGUCCAAACGGACGCUCACCUCCGCCGGGUACAAGCACCAGGGCAUUUACGACGUUCCUUAUAAGUGGACGCAAAACAGCGCGGCGAACACGAGCUGCUUGGCGACGGACGUUAGCUCCAACCCCAACCCUGUACCUCCACCAGAGACCGUUCGCUACGUCCAUUCUGAGUUGAACCUCAGCCCCGGAGAGCUGAUCUAUGGCAUGGGCGAACAAUUCGGACCCUUUAUCAAGAACGGCCAAACCGUCAGCAUUUGGAACCAGGACGGUGGAACGUCCUCUGAACAGGCCUACAAAAACGUUCCUUUCUACAUCACCAACAGGGGUUAUGGGGUAUUUAUUAACCAUCCUGGGGAAGUAGAGGUAGAGGUCGGUUCCGAGAAGGUCAGCCGCGUCGGUGUGAGCGUCACGGGAGAAGCACUGGAGUACUUUAUCAUUCAUGGCGAAACUCCCUUGGAGAUCUUGGAGAAAUACACUCGCAUGACUGGACGACCAGCUGUUUUGCCGACGUGGACGUUUGGUCUAUGGCUAUCGACCUCUUUCUUGACUAAUUACGACGAGAAGACUGUAUCGAGCUUCCUGCAAGGCAUGCAAGAGCGCAACUGUCCGGUCGGUGUUUUCCACUUAGACUGCUUCUGGAUGAAGGGUUACCAGUGGUGUGACUUCACAUUCGACCCUGACAUGUUCCCAGACCCCAAAGCGUAUCUCACGUCUAUCAAGCAGAAGUAUGGCGUCAAGAUCUGCGUCUGGAUCAACUCUUACAUCUCGCAGCUUUCGCCUAUCUUCGAGGAGGGUGUAAAGGGCGGUUACUUCAUCAAGCGCACUGACGGAACACCGUGGCAAUGGGACCUGUGGCAACCGGGUCUCGCUGUGGUUGACUUCACCAACCCGGAGGCGUGCAAAUGGUAUGCUGGCAAGCUAGAGAAGUUGAUCGACCUAGGUGUCGAUACAUUCAAGACGGACUUCGGCGAGCGUAUUCCGCAUGCGAAUGUUAUCUACCACGAUGGUUCCGACCCGUACCGCAUGCACAAUGUAUACGCAACACUUUACAAUGAUCUAGUCUUCGGCAUUCUGAAGAAGCGCUUCGGAACGGGCGAGGCCGUCGUCUUCGCUCGAUCGGGUCACGCGGGUGGUCAACGGUUCCCCGUGCAUUGGGGAGGCGACUGCGAAUCCACGUUGGAAGCCAUGGCUGAGACACUGCGCGGUGGGCUGAGCUUGACAACGUCCGGUUAUGCAUUCACGUCACACGACAUCGGUGGAUUCGAGGGACGUCCUCCGCCCGAGGUGUACCACCGCUGGGUUGCUUAUGGCAUUUUCUCUUCGCACUCGCGGCUGCAUGGCUCGCACAGUUACCGUGUACCAUGGGAGUACGGCGAAGAUGCCGCCGACAACAUGGCGAAAUACUUGGAAGUCAAACACCGCUUAAUGCCCUACAUAUACAGCCUCGCUCUGAAAGCGCACGAGACCGGCGCCCCCGUUCAACGCGCGAUGUUCAUCGAGUUCUUCUCCGACCGCACGACGCACUACCUCGACAAACAGUACAUGCUCGGUUCGUCGCUCCUAGUAGCGCCCGUCUUUGUCCCGGAGGGCGAAGAAUCCGAGUAUUACCUCCCCGCUGGCCGAUGGACGUCCUUCUUCCAUCCCGAACGCGUCGUCACCGGCCCGACGUGGGUCAAGGAGGUGGUGCCGCUGGACGACAUCCCCGUCUGGGUUCGCCCCAACACGAUCCUCUGCCUGGGCCCGGAGCACACUGGUCGGCCGGACUACAAGUUGUCGGAGGGGCUGGAGGUCCGGUUGUAUGAGCUCGAAGAAGGGGCCAAGGUCGAGGCCGUGAUUCCGACGGGCGAGACGGGCAAGGUUGCGGGCACAGUGCGUGCGGAGAGGAAAGGGGCGGAGAUCAGGGUGAGCGUGGUCGACGGCGCGGUUGGGCUUGCGAGCAUUUCACUUUUCGAUGAACGCUUGCGGAUCACGGGUGUCACUGCUGGCGGGAAGGUUCAAGGUAAGGCGGUGGAGGUGGAGAAGGGCGCAAAGGAGGCCAUCUUCACAGUGUAACUCUCGAGACAGUGCAGAAUCAAGCUCAGUAAUGCACGCUGGCCGGCCUGCGUGAUCAUUGAUCAGUCUGCCCAAGCAUGUCAUCGCCGACGUUGUUGACUGGCAGGAGCCUCCGCCACCCAUUAUGCAAAGCUAUUGCCUACAACAGCAUCUCGACGUAGCCAGGAUCGUUACAAACGUGAUUUUCGAAGAGGUAAAUAGCCGAACCGACCAAGGAGUCAUAGGAGUAUAUGUCACCGCUAUCGCGCU